AUGGCGAGCUAUUCAUUUUCAUCGCCAGGUUAUGUCAAUAUUCCUCCGUAUUACAAUACAACACCCAAUGGUUAUUCGGGCUUAAAUUUUCAAUAUCCAUUAUCUGACAGUUAUUCAACAACUGGUACUUCAUCAGCGACUAGUGCAUCGCCUUAUCAUACACAAGCGACUCUUGAUCCAGCAUAUUAUCAUCAAUUUCAACCGACACUUAGUUAUCCAUGUUAUCCAUCAUCUGCAUAUCCAUCAGCAUAUAAUCUUACUCCAACGAAUCAAAUAGCAUCUUCAAUAAAAAUAUCUCAAGGAUAUCAAAAUGAGUCAAUUCCAUCAUCAAGUUUUGAUCAUUCAAAUCCAAGUGCAUCAAAUUCUCCAUCACCAACAAUCAAAAUUGAAGGCAAAACUUGCUCAACAUCAAAAACAAAAAUAAAUCGAAAUCGACCUAAACCUCAACAACUAUCACCAGAUCCAGAUAAUAAUAUAGAACGAAUAUUUAUUUGGGAUUUAGAUGAAACAAUCAUUAUCUCACAUUCAUUAUUAACUGGAACUUAUGCUCAAAGCUAUCAAAAAGAUAAUCAAACAUCAUUAAAUCUUGGUUUACGUAUGGAAGACAUCAUAUUUAAUUUAGCUGAUGCAAAUUUAUUUUAUAAUGAUUUGGAAGAAUGUGAUCAAGCUCAUAUUGAUGAUAUUUCAUCAGAUGAUAAUGGACAAGACUUAAGUAAUUAUAAUUUUUCAAUUGAUGGUUUUCAUUCAACAUCAUCAAAUGGAAAUAAUACAGUUCGUGGUGGAGUUGAUUGGAUGAGAAAAUUAGCAUUUCGUUAUCGACGUAUAAAAGAUCUUUAUAAUACUUAUCGAACAGAUAUUCAAAAUUUACUUGGUCCACAAAAAUACGAGGAAUUACUUCAAUUACGUUUAGAUACAGAAACAUUAACAGCAUCAUGGCUUACAACCGCAUUAAAAGCUUUAAAUAUUAUCAAACAAAGAAAAAAUUGUAUUAAUGUACUUGUAACAACAAAUCCAUUAGUUGUAACUUUAUCAAAAGUACUUUUAUAUGGUCUUGGUGAUGUAUUUGAUAUUGAAAAUAUCUAUAGUGCAACAAAAGUUGGUCGAGAAAGUUGUUUUGAACGUAUACAUACAAGAUUUGGUCGAAAACCAACAUAUGUUGUUAUUGGAGAUGGACGUGAUGAAGAAUUAGCGGCUAAACAACAGAGUUGGCCAUUUUGGCGUGUUAAUGAACAUCAGAAUCUCACAGCAUUAGUUCAUGCACUUGAAUGGCAAUUUCUUUAA